CUGGGAGUGUUGAGGAUAGGAGGAUCAGUAGGCAUAAAGGGGGGAGAAAAGCUGAAGAGAGGAGCCUCACUGAUGCUUUGGUGGGAGUUGGCGCUCGUACUUACAGUCUCUCUCUCUUUGUUUCUUUCUCUCUGUGUGUAUUCUGAGUGCUCCACACCCAUGUUGCUGCUGUAGACAGCAGCUUCAGACUCUUGGCUUACUGGAUGGAGGCACAGGGAGGGGCAGGUAGCCCAGAUCCCAACAAAGACAUCCAGAGACUACUGAAGCCCUCCAGCUCAGGAGAACUAUCUAAAGAGCCUUCCCAUCAUCCCCCAGGCGAGGAGGAGGGAGUUAUCCUGGGACACACCUCAGGGCUGCUGCAUGUCUCUGAGAGAAGACAGCCCCUAAGCAGUGUGUCCUCCUUGGAGGUGCAUUUCGACUUGCUAGACCUGACAGAGCUCACGGACAUGUCUGACCAGGAGCUGGCUGAGGUUUUUGCUGAUUCUGAUGAAGAAAACCACAACGAGUCACCUGCAAGUCACCACCACCACCCCCCUCCGCUGCACCGGGGCGGCUACAUGCGCUCUCCCUCGUGGACACGCUGCAGUAAGGGUGAGCCUGCGAGGGACAGAAAGCACCACAGCGACUCGGACAGCACUGACCCGCACCGCAAACUGGAGCGGCCCAAACAGCCCUGAGAACAGUAGCACACACUGGAACGGCCCACAGGAAACACGACACUAAAGGACACACAAAGCUGGGCCACUUGGACAUGCAGACCAAUGGUGCUAAAGACACUAAAUUGUGACCUCCCUACUGCAUCCUUAUGAACCAUAUCACUGCAGAAGCUUAGGGAGAAAUACAGACUGAUACUGACACAAAUAUCCAUUUCCACUUUCAGUUAGGCCUAUUACCUCUCAAGGGCUUUCUUUUGUCUGAGUUCUGUGGCUACAUUUUUUGCAUUAUAGAAAUUCAGUUCAGCACAAUGUUGCAUAGGCAGAGAGGAGCUAAACUUUAAGUAAAGGCAAGAAAAACAGAACAAAGGCCAGAGCAAGAAAAGCAGAGAAACCAUAUCAUUUUCAUUUGUGUUUUUGAGUGACAAGCGAAAAACUAAUCACUGUAUAAUUUGUUGCCUUUAAAAUGUAACGUAAUGAACCACCAUAAUGAGUGACUGUGAACAUGUACCAUUAGCAAGGCAGAGGAGAACCUAAGAGAGGCCUCUAGCUUGACUGUGUUGUGAGACACGGAUUCCCAUAAACUCGAACCUCAGAUGCCAAGUUUUUCCACAAACAUUUCUUUGAACACUGUGUACUCCAUCAAUAACACAUUUUAAUCCUGCAGAAAAUAAAGAUUUACAAAAGCAAAUGGUUACAAAAUAAACUUUCCGGUUUCCCGGCAAAAAUA